UCAUAAUAUUAUUAAUAUAUCUUCCUAUUCAAUCUGCUCUCUAACAAUGGAACCCUUAUCUCUUCAAUUUCUUCUCUUAUUUUUCAUUUCCUCUUCGUGUAUCUACCUAUAUUUUCUCUACUCUUCACAAACUAAAUCCACCAAUAGAGGUUUCAAAGCCUACCCUAUACUAGGAGUUUUGCCUGAAUUCUUGAAAAACCGCCACCGUUUCCUCGACUGGACAACCGAAGUGCUUAGCCGUUGUCCGAAUAACACAUCUGUCUUUCGCCGGCCCGGUCCCGGUAAUGUCCACGGGAUCAUCACAGCAAACCCUUUAAAUGUUGAACAUAUUCUCAAGACAAACUUUGACAACUAUCCAAAAGGGGAGAGAUUCAUCUCUCGCCUCGAAGACUUUCUCGGCCAAGGAAUCUUCAACUCUGAUGGAGAAUUAUGGAAAGUUCAAAGAAAGACUGCUAGCUACGAAUUCAACACUAAGUCGCUUAGAAGUUUUGUGAUGGAAAAUGUUCGGGUUGAGAUCUCGACAAAACUUGACCCGAUUCUCUACAGAGCUUCGGAAACGAAUCAAGUGUUGGAUUUGCAAGAUAUAGUUGAAAGAUUUGCUUUUGAUAAUAUAUGCAAACUUGCUUUCGACGUCGAUUUUGAUUGCUUAGGCAGUAGUGGCAAUGCUUGCUUGAAGUUUAUGCGUGCAUUCGACGAAGCUACUACAAUUAGUUCGCAAAGGUUUAUGUAUACUCUUCCAUUCUUAUGGAAAUUCAACAAGUUUUUCUUGUUGGGAUCAGAAAAGACAAUCAAAACAUCGAUCAAGAUUGUUCAUGAAUUCGCUGAUGAGAUUAUAUGGUCAAGAAUGGCGCAGAGAAUAGAUAACAAAGAUCAAGAUUUACUAUCGCGUUUCAUCGGAAACGGUGAUAACUCACCAGAAUUUCUUCGAGAUAUUGUUAUAAGCUUUAUUCUAGCAGGUAGAGACACUACAUCUUCAGCUCUGAGCUGGUUCUUUUGGCAAAUAUCAAUAAAUCCGCAUGUGGAAACAAACAUAAUCAAAGAGCUUGAACAGAUUAGAGCAAGGAACGGUAAACACUUGGAUGAUCAUACUUACAGCUUUGAAGAACUUCGAGAAAUGCAUUAUUUGCAAGCAGCUAUUUCAGAGACAAUGAGAUUGUAUCCUCCGGUACCGGUGGAUACAAAAGCUUGCCGUAAUGAUGAUUAUCUGCCGGAUGGUACGUUUGUAGAAAAACAUUGGUUUGUAACAUACCAUACAUAUGCAAUGGGCAGAAUGGAGAGCAUAUGGGGAAAGGAUUGCACUAAAUUUAAGCCGGAAAGAUGGCUCGAUGAGGAUGGGAUUUGUAGGCAAGAAAGCCCGUUUAAGUUUCCGGUGUUUCAUGCUGGUCCGAGGAUGUGUUUAGGUAAAGAAAUGGCUUAUAUUCAAAUGAAAUCAGUAGCUGCUUCGGUGAUAGAGAGGUUCCAUAUUGAUGUACAGAACAAAGAGAAAUGUCCUCAGCAUUUGUUGUCUUUGACUCUUAAAAUGAAAGAUGGCUUGCAUGCCAAGGUGAAGAAAAGAUGCAACUACUAGCCAGUGUUU